AUGGCAACCAACGAAGAAUUGAAAAUCGAGAACACCAACAUCAAAACCGCGCCGGGCGUCGAGCUGUCGUCGGACCAGAAAACCAUCGUCGGCAGCGUCCUCGACCUCUUCGCGGGAAGGCCGUCCCUGGCCAAGCUCCGCUUGUGGUCCGAUGAAGCUGUCUUCGAGGACCCCAUCACCCAGGCGCGGGGCAGAAAGCAGUAUGAGCCGCAAUGGUACGGCCUCCAAACCGCCUUCUCCGAAAUCGAGCGUCUGCACCACGAAGUGACGUCCUCGGGCAACCCCAUCACCAUGUCGCUCAAGACGCGCUACGUGGUCAAAGGCAUCAACAAAGAAACCACCAUCGAUUCGAUCGUCAAGAUCACGACCGACGGGCGCCUCAUUACCAAGGUCGAGGACCGCUGGGACGGAAACCUCCCGGACAGCGGCAUCGCCAAUGUGAGUAGAAGUGACGUCUGGCAGCUGGCCAACCCCUUUUGGUGGGCGAAUUACGGGUUCGCGUGGGCGUGGUGGGGCGCCAGUUGGGUGUGGUGGUCGACGCCGUGGUUGGCGUUCCGGCGACUCAAUGCCGUCAGCGUGCCGAAAAUGGUCGGCGUGCCCAAGAAUGACGAGGAGGACGCGAAGAGGGGCAAUCAGUGA